AUGGUUAAAAGGUCAAAACUGUCCGAGGGGACAGCCACGGGUCAAGAUUCCGAUGCAGAGAGUGGUAGAGAAGUGGGGAUCAAGAAAAAAUCUAGGGUCCCCGGGGUGAUGAUUACACAGUUUAUAGAGACGCUGCCAGAGGGAAAGAGCCAUCCAGACUUCACCCGCAAGCCGAUUGCUUUGACCAUCCAAGAGGGGAAAUUUGCUUUUUUCAAAGCCAUUGUCAUUGGAGACCCAGAGCCGACUGUUACGUGGAGCAGAAAUAAUGGAGAUGUGUCUGAUACGUCAAGAUAUCAGACUAAACACGAUCCCGCUUCCAAUGAGCAUUUAUUUGAGAUGCCAAAUGUUAUGCCAGAUCAAGCUGAUACCUAUAAAUGCUUUGCCACAAAUGAAUAUGGACAAGCCAUGGUCACAGUUGUUCUGAAUGUCAUCGAAGUUGGCUUCAAAAAGGACAAAGCUCAGCAACAAGUAGCUGAAGCCGUCAAUGGGGAUUUUAAGAAGGUACUGAAAAGGAGAAGUAAGGUCCGUCCGAAAUCUGAGCAGCCUGAGAGAAAGGAUGGAGAGCUUGAUCCAAAGUUUUGGGAGCUUUUACUUAGUGCUGACAAGAAAGAAUAUGAGAGAAUCUGUGCAGAGUAUGGAGUGACUGACUUUCGCUGGAUGCUGAAGAAACUUAAUGAAAUGAAGAAAGAAAGGGAGGAAGAACAAGCUGAGUUUGUCAGAAACCUGUCCAAUCUGAGAUCUAUUCAGGUCAAUGCAGAUAACACUGCAUCCUUUGAGUUUGACAUGGACCUUAUUGACCCCAGCAGCUCCAUAUUCCUGUACAAGGAUGGUGUAAUGGUUCCAUAUACAAAGGAUUUGGGAGAUAAGAUGAAGCACAGCCUCAAACAAGUGGGGAAAAAGUACAUUUUCAGUUUGAAGGACCUUAUGCCAGACGAUGCUGGACUGUACCAGGUGGAUGUAGAGGAUGUGAAUAUGUUUUCCACUGAUUUUAAAAUCCCCAUGGUGGAUUUCUUGGUGAAAAUUCAGGAAGUGAAGGCAAUAGAGAGGCAAGAUGCUGUCUUUGAGUGUGUCCUGUCAAACCCAUUCUCCAAGAUUCUGUGGUUUGGCAAAAAUUUGCCGCUGGAACAAGGCGAUAAAUAUGAUAUCCAGGUUUCGGAGGACAAGCUCAUUCACAGGCUGGUGGUCAAAGACUGCAUGAUAGUAGACAAAGGAAUUUAUUCUGCCUGCGCAGGAAUAAAAUCUUGCAACGCAUGGCUUGUCGUUGAAGCUGAUAAAGAUGCACAACAGGGCAAAAAGUCAGCAAGGAAAACAACAACAGCAGGGGGAUCUGGGAUGGAUCUGCAGAAGGUCGCCGAAGAGCAGCAAGUAAAAUUAGAGAAGAAGAGAGAGGAGAGGAGAGAACAGAUUAAAGCUGCCCCUCCACCUGAACCCCCUCCAGCCCCUGCACCCGCUCCUAAGCCUGAACCUAAGGCACCAAAAGAUCCUAAGCCAACUCCAGUUAAAGCUCCACCUCCAGCACCCACUAAGCCGGAACCUGAGGCGCCAAAGGAGCCUGAGCCAACACCAGCUCCAGCUGAAGACUCAGGAAGUGGCCCCUCAGCUGAGGAAGCCGCUGGCGAUGAAAAGAUCGAUCCACCACUUGUAGAUACAGGAGAGCCGGAAAUCACCUGUGGGCUCUCUGAUAUCUAUGCUCUUCGUGAGAGCCCGGCUGCAUUAAUUGUGAAGAUGAGCAUGGACUCUGACGGCACCUGGUUCAAAGACGGAGAGCAGUUAAAGUCAGGUGCUGGGAUCACCAUCACCAAAGAUGGAACAUCUCACAAGCUGACAAUUCAAAGCUGCAGCGACGACGACUCUGGAGUUUAUCGCUUUGUAUCAGGGGAUCUCAGCACACAGGGAAAGGUCACCGUUGGAGGCGUACCUGAGUUUGAUCCAGACGACCUUCACAAGUUCUCCAAGCCUGUGAUCAUAAGAGUGGGCCAGAACGCUGCUUUCAAGAUGCCCUUUCCUCCUCAGGAGUCUUUGGUGGUCAGCUGGUUCAAAGACGGCACUGAGAUCAAAGACGGAGGUGGAGUUAAGAUCGUGAGGGAGCCCAAUCACAGCCGGCUGCUGCUCAGAGACUGCCUGCGGACAGACGCAGGGGAAAUAAAGAUCCAACUCAAAAAUCCAUUUGGAGUUGCAGAGGCCACAUCGAGGCUUAUUGUGCUUGAUCGCCCAGGUCCCCCUGAGGGUCCAGUGGAGGCCGUUGAAACCACCUCAUCUUUGAUUGAGAUUAAAUGGAACCCACCCAAAGACGACGGGGGCUCCCCUGUCACCAACUACAUCAUAGAACGGCAGCAGGCGAGACAGAAUCUGUGGACAAAACUUGGGGAUGUCUCGGCUGACAAGACCUCCUUCAGAGACAGGAAUGUGACUCAUGGAAAGAAAUACAACUACCGCAUCUAUGCAGAAAACCCUGAGGGCCUCAGCGACGCCCUGGAGACAGCUGAUAGCAUUAUGGCUGGCAUAAUGAUACUCGCCGGUCCACCUGGUGCCCCCCGAGUGGUGAGUGCCUCUAAGAGCUGCAUCAACUUGACCUGGACACCCCCAGAGGACGACAGAGGAGUACCGAUCAUUGGUUAUCAAUUAGAGAAACAAAAGAAGGACACAAACGAGUGGAUUGCCCUGAAUGCAGUCAGUGACCCUAUUAAAGACCUGAGCUAUGCAGUUAAAGAUGUCACUGAAGGGGCAGAAUAUGAGUUCAGGGUUUCAGCAAUCAAUGAGUCAGGCGCAGGAGACCCAAGCCCUCCCUCUGCAAUGGUGUGUGCAAAGAAUCCCAACAUGAGACCUCGUUUUAAAGACCCAGAGGACUUCAUUGUUGUCAGAGCAGGAAAUUCUGCACGUGUCAAAGUUUGCUACGAGGGUGAACCUCCACCUCAGAUCACUUGGUUGAAGGAUGAUGAGCCGAUAUCCUCGUGGAUUACCAUCAUCAAUACCGAGGGAAUGUCUCAGCUUGUUAUCCCCUCAUCAAAGCGCUCAGAUUCAGCUAUUUACACUAUCAAAGCCCAAAACUCUGUGGGUGAGGCGUCAUUUGAUGUCGAGGUUAGAGUCACAGAUGAACCCAAGAUUCCGGGGCCAGUGGAGCUUGAGCAAACAGUCCAAGGAAAAGUGGAGGUGUCAUGGGCUCCUUCACCAGACCAGGAGCUUGACGACCGCCUGUACUACGUGGUGUCUCAAUAUGACACCAACAGCAGAAUGUGGAGGACUGUGGCAGACCGCCUAUUUGCUAACACAUUCACAGCCAAUAACAUCCUUCCUGGGGCAGAGUACCAUUUCCGGGUCUACGCCAAGAAUGAUGUGGGCCUCUCAGAUCCAUCUCCUUCACCUACAUGGGGUGCCAACUGCAACAGAGUUCCAAUAACUACAAAAGGACUUGUUUCAAGAGAGGUCUGCUUUGAGAGGCCUCCGUCCAUCCUGGUCCCUCUGAAAAUCCACACACCACCCAAAGGCUACCAACUCUACAUGACAUGCGCUGUACGAGGAUGCCCUGCGCCCAACAUAUCCUGGUACCUCAACGACGUCUGCAUCAACUCAGACAGCGACUACUACAUCACCAACUCAUUUGGUGUGUGCUCCCUGUACAUUCUUCGAGUGCAGUCGAAAGACGGCGGUGAAUACAAGGUUGUUGCAGUCAACCCUCUUGGAAAGGCAGAGUGUUCGACUAAACUUGCUGUUAAAGAAUAA